AAGAUUUUCAAGGUCGUCGUAACGAAACGGAGGGCGAGUUUGAGUGAACCUGACUUUCGCCGUCCGGAUACAGUAUCAACAAAGUCUACACUCGUUGAAUGCCUGUUAAUCUAUGGGAUGAUUCUGAUUCAGAGGACAACCUGCCAGCUGAAUGGGAACAAACUAAUCAGGAUAAUUUCAUUACUUACUACAACCGCUUGACUGGACUUUCUCAAAGGCCUCAUCCAAUUUCAGGCCAUAUUAAGCAAUUACCACAUGUGUUGCCCAAAGGUUGGUCUUCCUGCUCCGACAAAUCUGGGAGAACAAUUUAUUUAAAUUUAGAAACUGGCUGUUCAACUUAUUCCGAUCCUCGACUUGCUGCUGCUCUAUUGACCCACUCUACAAAAUCAAUUAGAAGUACCCAAUUUAAAUUUGACAAAUUCUCAAGUGUAAAUGAUAUUCUAUUAAAUAAAGAUCUCCGUGGGUUUUACGUUGUUGUAACAAAUUCAGGCUGUGGUCUUGGUUUAUCAAUCGCUGUUCAUCUCGUCCAAUAUGGAGCUACUGUUAUAUGCGCUUGUACUAAGUGUCCAGAAAAUGCUAUUGCUGUAUUUGACAAAACGAAGGCAUAUUAUGAACGCAACAUCACUGUAGACUUAACUUUGAAGUCAAUUAAUGAAGAAUCAGGUCAACUAUAUUGGAUACCGUAUAAUCCUUUGGAAUUACAUAGCAUCGUACAAUCCGUUCGUAUAUUACAGUCGUUGAACUGGCCUGUUCAUGCGUGUAUCAUAACUGAUGAUUUGUUUCCUCCUUUCGCUGGAUGGAAUUUCUUUCAAUCUUUCACAAGGAUAGUGUCUUGUUUGCGUGAAAUGAUUCCGUCUAAAGUUUCAUCCUGGUUUCAAUCUAUUUUUAAGUUUGUAACAAACUUUGAAAUACAAGUAUUCAAUUGGUUUGGGAAAAAGAUAAUUCCUGCAUGGAUUCCUGCUUAUUCAUGUGAGUGUUCCUCUAAACAUUUUCCGUAUUUAACUUCUGACGGAUUUGAAGUAUCAAUGCAAUGCAAUUAUUUAGCUCCUGCCUUGUUUUUGGAACGAUUGUUAAAAGCAAGAUUUGAUUCUUUACCUUCUCUUUCAACUACUUCAUCAGACAAAACAUUUGACAGCUCAACUUUGCGUGUGGUGAUAGUUUCAUCAGAGAUUCACAAAGAGAGUAAUUUACAACACUGUAUUAAAAAACUGAAUGUAACAAAGAUGUUUCAGACAACCCCAACAUUUUUGCAUGACAGUAUGAGACAAUAUGCGAAUUCCAAAUUAUGUAUGUUAUUAUUUAUUCGUGAAUAUCACCACCUUCUUCGUCGCUUUAGUGAAACAAGCACAACUUCAUCCACUAUACCUACAAUAUUUACUUGUACUGGAUGUGAUCCAUUUGGUGUGUAUUGCAGCAAACAAUUUUUAAUGAAUCUUUAUCACUGGUCUAUCAAAAAUCCGUUUCUUUUAGUACUACAAAUAGUAUACCUUUUAUCAAGACCAUUUGGUAUGUCUUUGGAUCAAGUGAUUGCUAAUCCUGUACUUUGUACUGUUCACAGAGUUGCAACUUUGCAACAACCGAUAACUGCUCAUUCUAAACUAAUUCCAUAUUUUGAUAAAUGUCGACCUUCCACUACUUUAUUAGAUGAUCUCCCACUUCUUGAGUUGGAUUUUUUAUCUAAAACUAUAUUUACCGAUACCAUGAGUAUUUUUUGUAAAUAUGAAUAAUAAGAAUGUAAAUACGUAAAAUCAGGACGACAACUUUUUCUCUCUUUCAUGUUCAUGUGUUCAAAAUGUCUUGAAUGUUGUGAGGCUAUUAUUCAAUGUACCUUAACAACUUACAUUCGAAAGUCAUUUGAUUUUUAUUGUCGAAUUCAUUUUUCAUUCCUUAAAUUAAAAUAUGCAUUGGUUAGUUUAUCAUAUGUAUUGAUCUUGAACUUAUUCAAAGUUUUAAAAAAAACCUUUAUUACUAUAAACAGUGAAUGAUUGGGAUAGUGAUAAACUCAAGACGCUACUGAUUUAUGGUGUACAUGCACAAAAAUGCCUAGAAAAAUUGAUGUUAUGCAAAAUGACAAGUAAUUUGAUCAACCAAACAAAUGUUCUGACCAUAUCAUUUGAUGUAACUAACGAGUAUAAGUCAUCGCGAAGUUGGUUUUAAUCACCAGUAGUAGCAUUUGACUCAGUAUUCAAAAGAUACCAACCUAACCACAAGAAAUUUGUUCCAAUUUCCCGUAAAAUGACACAAAACACCUCUCCAGUUCGCCUUAGCACUGUGAUUUUACAGCCGAUAUCGUUUACCAAUUAAAAAUUGCAUUCGAGUUCUACAAAUCAGCGCUUUCUACCUUUGAAGGGUUAAGGUCGUUUUCUGAUAUAUUGUUCUCUUAUAUCCAGUAUCCUCAUUCAGUUAUCGGUAAAUUUGCGGUUAUAGUUUGCUGUUAAAAUGGUGAUUUCAAAUUUGUCAGAGUUACAAUACUUCAUUUACAUUUGACAAACUAAAACCGUCAUUUUACUGGUGCAUCGUUAGUGCUCAAUAAGAACGUACCUAGCAGAAUACUAAUAUUGCGUUGCGGCUAUCGCUCUAGUAUUUAUUCAUACUUGAAAUCGGACGGUAUUAAUACUACUGUGAUGGAAUUGAACGAUUUUACGGAGUCCUAAUUAUUUCAAAGAUUAUUUUCGCAAAGGACAUAUAUAAGUUCCUAGACUUUUGGAAAGCAUCGAACACUGGACAGUCGUUCUUUGGUACUGCUCAACAAGUCACUCCUACUUUAUGUGUAUUCAAACCGAUGACAUUCGAAUGCAGUGAGAACAUUGUUAGCAUUAAAUCGCCCAUGAUCGAUGUCGACUUCUUAAAUGUCUACAGCUAAAUUUAUUAUGUUACCUGGUAUAUUUCUCGACCAUAUAGGUACGAUAUAUUGAUCUAAACGAAAUAGUGAGUAAGCAAAACAAACAAUUUUGUUGGUUUUCCUCAAAUCAACCAUUUAUUCCAAAUAUUUAUAGCAGAAACCUUAACUUCCCUAUCGGUUGAAUUUCUCAGUGACUACUUAGCUGUUUUAUUUUCUAUGAUAUUUCAGGAGUUACUGUUUUUUUAUUGCUUUCAUAUUCUGUCCAGUAUUUUUUUGAGUGAAUAGAAAAUCAAAUAUUAGGUUGUACUAUUCUCAAUUUUAUAGAUAAAGGAUUUUGUUGAAGGGUCUUUUCUUAGCCGUAUGUUCGGACUAAAGUGACGUAAACGAGAUUGUUGCGUACAUAUAUAUGCUAGUUGGUACCUCUUGGUUUAGAGUCCCCUAACUUGUAUCUACUGACCAUAAAAACCUUCACUAAAUUCUUAAAUUUCGGUGAGUCACUAAUUUUGUUUGAAGUUAUGGUUUCAGGAAUCGCAUUUUCUGCGUAUUUUAUACUAUCUAUAGAUUCAGACCCUAUAAUCAAGAUAUUUAGUCUACAGACGGCUUCCGAUUG